AUGGUAGGACAAGAAUUAGCGUAUAAAACAAUUAAAAUCUUUACUAAAAAAAUCACCGAUGAGGAAAAAGCGAUAAAUGAAUUACAAUCGUUAACAAAAAGAAUUAAGGAUAAUAAACUCAAACUACAAACUCCAGAAGACAUGACGAUAUACACGAAUGAAAGGCUUACAUCUUCAGCUGAUGCGAAGAGAACCAAUGAAGAAUUUCGGCUUUUUAAAUGCCAAAAAAUAAGGGAUGAGAACAAAGAAAAUUUGGAUGACGAAGAUAAUGAUUCAUGGGCUCUACCGAGUCCAACGCUACAAUUACUGUCACAACUACCAUCACAAUUAGGGAUGGCAAUGGUUACGGUCAUAACCGGUCAUGACCAGUUAAUAACUAUGACCGAUAUUGGUCGAGACAACAGUUGGCUGUUAAAUUAUAUGAAAAUUGAAGAUUUUGAGGAAUUAGUAGAAAUUUGUUAUUCUCAUGGUGCUGUGGAAGUGCCGAUAGAAUUAAAGAACAUGCUAAAAACAAGAAAUAGAUUUUGUCAACUAUUGAUAACUGAUUAUAUAGAAUUAUCCUCAAAGAAUCCUUUAAUCAAAAUAAAUAGCGAAAGUCAUAAAUCAGCGUCUAUUUAUUAUUCUCUCAUUGAUCGUUUGGCCAUUCAAUAUUUUCAUGCUCUUCGAGCUGGUUCAUCCUCUGAGAGUUCAUCAUUUACAUUACAUACAGUUAAUGCAAAUUUGCAUGGAAAACAGCCAGAUAUUUACUUUCACGAUAAUAUUCUUAAGAUUGUGAAAGAUGAUAUGAUAAAAGAUACAAAUAAAUAUGAUCUUGAUACAAAUAAGAGCCUCCAGGAAAAUAUCUACGAAAUCUAUUAUACAUAUGAUAGUCUUCCCACCUCAAAGAAGGAGAAAAUUUUUGAGAUGGAUUUUAUGUCCUUUGUGAUAUCUGAUAAUCAUAUAGAUACAUAUGUUACUAGAUUGGUUGAUUACCAACUUUAUAUCUCUACCAAGGUUUACGAUAUGACAUAUCCCACAGAAUUUGCUGUGAAUACGCUAGUUAGUUGCAUGUAUAGCAUACUAAAAAUGGUGGUAGUCAAGGUGAAUGAUUCCGAUCCAUUGAUUGAUUCACCAAUAAAGUUCAAGUAUUUUUGUGAUCCUUGUAUUUCACCUCCUAUAAUUCCCAUAACUACUACUGAAAAAUCGGACAGUAGUAAAAAAAAUGUUAAUAAAAAUACUAAUAAGAAAACUAAAAAUAAGUGA